UUUGAUUCCAGUCUGUCACGUUGAGUGCAGGAACAUGACUCCUCCACCACCCUCCAACAGCCAUCUCCGGCACUAAGCAUUAUACCUACCCACCGUCAACGGUAAAUCGUAUAUGCGAGUUCAGCUCACCCCUCCCUUUCCCAAGUGCAUUGCAGAACUACGGUGGCCUUUGCAUCCCAAAAUGGACAUCUCUCUUCGUCGUUUAUGUAGAUCUUAAAAAGUCACUCAAGAUGCCGAUCUUUGGAAACACAUUCAGUCCAAAGAAGAUUCCGCCUCGCAAAUCCGCAUCACUGUCAAGCCUCCACACGCUGGAUCGGUCCACAAGAGAAAUCGAGCUGGGUCUUGAGUAUGGGCCUCCUGCAAUGAACAUCGGAGGCCUGAGCUGGAAGUUUGAAGAGGGACAGUGGGUAUCAGAAUCUGGUGGGAAUACCUCUGGUAGGGAAUUGCGGCGGCUUAAGAAAAGAAAUGCACAACUGGAGGAAGAAAACAACCUCCUGAAACUGAAGAUUGAACUCCUCAUGGACAUGUUGACAGAGACGACAGUGGAGUACCACAUGAUGGAGAAGGAAGUGGACGAAUUAAAGAGUCAACAUUGACAGAUCUGACCUGAUUCCUGCAUGAAUUGACAAUAUUCUUAGUCCUCUUUUUGUAUUAUAGUUUUGCGUUUAUUAUAUUGAUGUUUAAAAAAAAUCCAUCUUGUUUUCUACCUUUUUUAAGUACCAUGCUCAUAUUUAUUUGACUGAAAUCAGAUGUUAAAAGACGGCAUAUGAUGCAUCAAAGCAAGUCAAGCUCAGUGCUAAAGCUACACUGAUCACAGCAAUAAAUUAAAAAAGGCUUUCUUAGAUGGCAGUUCAGUGUGACCUAAUUUUGGUAAACAGAACUGAUGAUGUGGAAUCUGAUUCUAAGGUUAUCAGAUUUAGUAGUUUUGUUCUGCUGUCUUUUGAGUUCUAUCUCAAUAAACUUGAAGACAAAACUUACAUCAUGUAUGGAAAGUACAGACUGACCUUUGUAUAUGUUUGUAUUGAGGUUAUGAAUAAAACACAGUCAUUUGAAAGAAAA